AUGUCGCCGCACAAGAUAGCACCGACGCGGAUUAUUCUCGACACUGAUCUGUCCAUGGGCGCUGGAUCCGACGUCGACGAUGGUUUCGCCCUCGCAUUGGCGCAUGCGGACCCGGACAUACAAAUUGAUUUGAUCACCACCGUCAAUGGCAACACCGACGUUGAGAGCGCUACUAUAUUGACUGGCGUCCUUCUCAACCGCCUUGGCAUUCACGACACGCCUCUCGUGCGCGGUUCGGCCUCCCCCAUCAUCCACCCUGACAAGGAGCGUACGCCCUUGCCCCACGUUCUUGCACAGAAAGAAGCCGCAAGGGCUCCUAACCCAGGAUAUGCCCCCGUGGCCAUCGUGGAGCACAUAAUGGCUAAUCCAGGCGAAAUCACUUUGGUCGCCAUAGGCCCUCUCACCAACGUCGCCAUCGCCCUUCUUCUUGAACCUCGGAUUAAAUCAGCUAUCAAAGAACUGGUUAUUAUGGGGGGAGUGUUCCUGGGAACUAUGUACUCUCGUGACAAACCUGGAGAGUUCAAUGUCUUCUCGGAUCCAGAGGCUGCCCGAACCGUGUUACGCUCCGGCAUUCCUCAGCGUUGGAUCGGCCUCGAUUGCACGCUGCGAGUUCGACUGAGUAUGGCGGAUGCCCUGGAACUCAAGAAGUCUACGUCAAGUUUCGCCGCCUUCGCUGGAGACGCAACGAUCUCCUACAUAGAACAUCAAGCAGUUCGGUUUCCAGGGAGACCCAAGACAGACUCGAUCCCGAUGCAUGAUCCCCUGGCCGUGGCUGUGCUGUCGAAACCCGACAUAUGCGAAUAUAAGGAUAUGGCUGUCUCAGUUAUUACAGGAGACGGUGAAGCGCGCGGCGUUAUGAUCGCAGACCGCCUGGAGACUCCCUCGCCCCCUGUCCCGAAUUGUCGAGUUGCUGUUGAUGUUGAUAGCGAGGCAUUUCGAUUACAUUUUCUAACAUUAAUUCAAAAGUUAUAA